AUGUCCAAGAAAAACGCCAACAACCUCCCCGGCGACGCCCCCCCGCCCAAGAGCCUGCUGGGCUACCACCGCCAGCUCGCCCCCGCGGCCGCCGUCAAAGUCAGCCCCCUCUGCCUCGGAGGCAUGGGAUUCGGCACGGCCUGGGCGGACAUCAUGGGCAGCUGCGACAAGGAGCAGUCGUUUGAGCUGAUGGACUACUUUUACAGUCAGGGGGGCAACUUUAUCGACACUGCCAACAACUACCAGAACGGAGAGUCGGAGAGAAUCAUUGGCGAAUGGAUGAAGACGCGCGACAACCGGGAGGAAAUCAUCGUCGCCACCAAGUACACGUCUCCCUGGCGACUGGCCGAGCAAGACACGCGGAUCCAGUCCAACUUUGGCGGAAACAACAAAAAGUCCUUGACCGUCGCCAUCGAGGCCAGCCUCAAGAACCUGCAGACAUCCUACAUUGAUCUGUACUACGUGCACACCUGGGACUUCACCACAAGCAUCCCAGAGCUCAUGCACUCGCUGCACAACCUCGUCGUCGCCGGCAAGGUCCUCUACCUCGGCAUCUCCAGCACCCCGGCCUGGAUCGUCUCCAAGGCCAACGAGUACGCCCGCCAAAAGGGCCUCACCCAGUUCUCCGUCUACCAGGGCCAGUGGAACGCCGCCGAGCGGGAGAUUGAGCGCGACGUCAUCCCCAUGUGCAUCGACGAGGGCAUGGCCCAGGCGCCCUUUGGCGUCUUGGGGAUGGGCUACUUUCGCACUUCGGCGCAGCGGGCGGCCGAGAAGGAGGGGGAGCGGGAAGGGAGAAAGGUGCCCUUUGUCGACAAGCCGCAGAAGACGGUCAUGGCGGACACGCUGGCGAAGAUUGCUGUGGCGCGCGGCACGUCCAUCACCAGCAUCGCUUUGGCUUGGGCCAGGACCAAGGCUCCUUACUGUUUUCCCAUCCUGGGCGGUCGCAAGAUUGAGCAGCUAAAGGCUAAUAUCGAUGCGUUGGCGAUUGAUCUCAGUGACGAGGAGAAAGAGACGAUUGAGAGCGCGGUGCCGUUCCACCCUGGAUAUCCGCAGGAGUUCUUGGGUGGUCCGAAGGGUGUUUUGUAUCCGGGAGAUGCUUGGACGACCAAGAGAUUGGGUCACUUUGACUGGGUGACGCCGCCAAAGGCACCGAAGCCUCACCCUCUUUGA